CAUCACAGACGUUGCCAAGAUACGGUAUUUAAAUUGAUGUUGUGUAGCUAAGCAACAACCAUAAACAAAGGCUUGGUGGCUUGCUUAGUGCUGACAGAACAGGCUGAUGAAACUAAAAAGAUGAGGCAAACAUGUAAUAGUGAUGGUGGAGUGGGUUCCACUGAAAAUGUUCAAGCCCGGGGAAUAACUCUUCUCUCUAUAUUCGUCGACACUCCAACUGCCGAACCGAAUCCUGAAACCAAGCUAUUGGCUGACUUCAAGACAGACACUCAUCUCCGCAAAGUGUACUUGGCGGGAAGAGAGUAUCUCAACAAGGAAGGUCAGACCUCUGUGAGCCCGCUUAUUGGGAAAAUAAUGCAACAGAUCUGCACAGACCCCACUCUCUGUCCAGAGUAUCCAUCAUCCUUUGGCCUUCCAGAAUUCACCAGGAGAGCAACAGAAUUGGUUUUGGGCAGGGACUGCCAUGCCAUCGUGGAGAACAGGGUGUUGGGUGUGCAAACUGUGGGCUGUACUGGGGCUGUCCGUCUGGGGGCUGAGCUCUUGAAGCACUGGUACAAUGUGAGCGGUGUCUGGUGUGGGCCAGUCUAUCUCUCCUCCCCCUGUGAUGACUCCUUGGCUGGUAUCUUUGAGGCAGCAGGGAUCCAGGAUGUCCGUCGGUAUCGGUAUUGGGAUACAGAGCAGAGGGGUGUGGGUGUGCAAAAAAUGAUGGAGGAUCUGGAGAUGGCUCCAGAGCAGAGUGUCAUUGUUCUGUCUGCUUCUGCUCACUGCCCUACUGGUUCAGAUCUCUCCCAGAAGCACUGGAGACUCCUCACACAGCUUAUGGUGAGGUGUAGGUUUUUCCCUUUCUUCCUGCUGCCUGCACAGGGCCUAUGCCAUGGGGAUUUUCAACAAGACGCCUGGCCAGUGCGCCUGUGUGCCUCUCUGGGGAUGGAGCUUCUGUGUGCCCAGUCCUUCUCCCACAGCUUUGGGCUUUACGGCGAGCGAGUUGGACACCUCUUAUGUGUCCUAAAGCAGAGCUCCACACUGCUAGCUGUUCAGUCCCAGGCCGAGAAGCAGGUCAGGGCUUUGUGGUCCCGGCCAUCUGUCAGAGGAGCUCGUGUGGUUGCCACGGUGCUCAGUAACCCUGCCCACCAUGUGGAGUGGCAGGAAGGAGUGAAGAGUAUGGUGGAGAGGGGCAUACUGGUCAGAGAGAGGUUGAGAGAGAAGCUAAGGCUUCUUGGAUGUCCUGGCAGCUGGGAUCACCUGAUCCAGCAAGGUGGACUGUACUGUUGCACUGGGCUGAAUGUCCAACAAGUGGAAUUCCUGGAAAAGAGGAGACAUAUCUACCUGCAUCCCAAUGGCUGUCUGAAUGUGAGUGCUAUCAACAGCUGUAACCUAGACUAUAUAGCUGAGUCCAUCCACCUGGCAUUGACCUCUGUCUUCUGAUGUCAAUUACAAUACCUGGGGACUCAUUUAUAAAACGGACUUAUGAUCAAUUUUGAUCUUAAAUAUGACUUAAGCAGAAAACCACGUAUAAGUAGUUAUUUAUAAAACCUUACUUUGACAUGGAAAUGAUCUUAUCCCUACGCAAAGUCUAGACUCUAAGUAGGUGAUUUUCCUGCUGGUUAUGUAGGGCUAUUCUUUUUUUCCCCUUGCAGUUUAAGGUCAGACACUUUCUUUUUCACAUCAGCCACAGUUCUGUCUUGCUGCCCCACCUGGUUCACUGCAGAGGCGACACACUCCCAAGCUAGCUGUUUGGCUUUGUUUGUCAACCCACCGAAUAAUACGUGUUUCCUGUCUUCGAUCUCCUCUACCAUCGCUGUGAUCUCAUCUUUCAAAAGGUUUGCUUUUCUAUUUUGGUCCAUGGCUAUUCCUGACUAAACCCUCAUUUGUGCUAGCAUUCUAUAAGGGGAAAUCGUUGAUUGUAAGGCACGUUCAGGUGCCGUCAAUUUUAAGUUAAUUUUAGAUUUAUAGAUCACAGGUGCGUACGUUACAAAAUGGGAUUCUUAGAACCUGUGUAAGCAAGGUUUUUUAUGCCCAGUAUCUUUUAUGAAUCGAAUGUAAGCACACCAUCGGAAAUUAUCUUACGACUAAGUUCAAGUAUAAAUGAGGCCCCUGGUGACAGCCUCCAUAAAAUCCUUAUUCAGCUUGACUAAAUCAUGUGAAGGAAGCAUCUUUAUGUCACAUACAAUACCAAAUGAAUUAGGGCUGAAUUCAUAGGGAAAAUGGCUGUUAUUUAUCAUUUAUUUAAACAAAUUAACAAUUGAAUUUAGUAUGUAGAGUGUAACAUCCAAGCGUUAAAUUAGAGGUAGGGAUUAAGGAAUAGGAACUAUGGCAUAUGGUAUUUUGAACCUACAUAGCUGGAAAUAUUGUAGGCAUAUAGUUGUGCUGUGGUAGUCCAGUAAGGAGCACUCUUUCCUCUGGUACAAGUAGAUCCUAAUGCCCUAGUUGGGUAAAAGGGUUCUUGUGUAGUCAAGACAAGGGUCCAUCUUUUGGAGAGAUGUUAAACAGAGAUCCUGACCUUAUAGCGACAACUAUUGUGACACUUACAAUAUGGGAGUAGUAGAGGGAUUGUCCUAGCCACGUUCCCAGUCGGAUUCUAGUAGGCCUAUCAGUCUGCCAUUUAAUAAUCUUUGAAUUCUUCAUCCUCUUCACUGCAAUGACUGUUGUUUGUGCUCACAGAACACUCACAGAACACUGCCCAAUUGGAUAGUUUCACCCUUUUGUAAUUUUGAACAUGUUAUUUUAACUCUAGUGAUAACGUAACCAUGAAAUUAUUAAGGUCAACCUUUUUAGUUUUUUAUUGACCAAUUUAUUUUAUACUGUAACCUAUUGUUUGUGGCACAUUGAAAGAUAUUAUUUUGAAUGCAUACAGGUAGUUCCAUGGUAGAAGGUCAAAUAAAUGUGCAGUGACAAUUAAUUAAAAACCUUCUUAAAACUUUUCAAAUUAAGUUAAUUAACUAUACCAAUUAUCAUAAUAAGAUGGUCCUCAUGUCAUUAGGAAAUACAUCCAUGUUGUUUACCUGAAUAUUGAUUGUUUGAUUACAACCUCUGUUUGUUGUAACGGAUACACAUUGCAUUGGAGCAAAAACAAUCUACGUUUUGUGUGAUGAUGUAAGCUAGUCUUUGUAGUUGCUGUCAUAUCGUAGCCACUAGCCAGAGUUGUUGAAAAAGAACACUACUACUCUGACUGCUUGUCUACCUCCUGCUUAGCCAUUGUUUGCAAUGAUGAUUAAAAAAAUAACAUUACAU